AUGGCUGCUCGCUUUGCCAAGCUUACGAAAGCUUGGCAGAACCUGAAGCUUAGCAAGAGCCGGCAAGCCAAGGGCAUGCCGUGGCUACGCUGGGAGGAGGAAGAAGAGAGGGAGUGUGAGCCGGGUGCACAGGCUUUGACAUUUAACUGUCAGAUGGUGCGACUUAUGGUUGAGCACCUGCAGCAGCUUACUUUGGUCUCGAUCGAUUUGCUUCAAAAGGUAGAGCAGUUCUAUGAGAACCAGGGGUGGGAUGUGACUCCCUCCCGCAUCUACAAGGACAGCUGGGGCCUUCGGAAGUUGUACUCCUAUGCCCUGAGACGUGAAGCUGAUUGCCACAAGCGAGGGCAAACACCUGCCGGCGAGGCAGUCCAGAAGCUGUUCGAGCUCAUCCGGGAACUCCGGAAUACGCGACUUCAAGCGAAGACAGCAGCCGCUGAGGAGGAAGUGCUUUUUGUGGGCUCUUCGGAAACGAAGGAAAAGAAAGACAAUGACAAGAAUGGCCCGAAGGAGGCUGAUCUUGUUGAUCCGCAGAUGCAGAGGUCGAUGAGAAGUGCGAAGAAGAUACUGAUGGUGAUCGUCAACAUUGUCAGCAACAUGGACCUUGAUUUUUCUCAGGUGGGGUUUAUGUUGGCUGUUAUCCUGAAGCUCAAGCCGGGCAGCAUUAUCCACGCAAGAUCUAUUGACGGAUAUGAAAUGGCCGACAAGCUAGCCCUGGCAUUAUUCCUGGCACAGGCUUUGGGAUUCACGUGGACGGCCGAGCUCCCCUCAUCGGGGCUCCUGCAGCAGCAUCCACGGAAACACCGGCUGCGUUCGAACUCCCGAGCUAUUUUGGUAUUUCAUCCUGCUCGUCUGGCGAAGAAAUCUUCCGUCUACGUCUACAAGAUAAAGAUCUAUUGCAGAAUGUUCCAGAAGGGCACGUUCCAGAAAUGGUGGAGACCAGGUGCCUGGUUUUCCAAGGGCCUCUACACCAUGCCGAGAAAAAAGCCAAAGGCUAAUGCAGCAAAGGCUGUGAAGGAGGAGCCCAAGUCUAUCGAAGAGCAACUCGAGGAUGCAAGACAACUUCUGAAGUCCCUGGAGGCUCGUCGUGAGCAGGAGCAGCUGACAACGCCAGCUGAUGAUCUCGAGGAGGCUGAAGAGCCUCCCAGCAAGAAGCCCCGGCUUCGAAAGAAGAAGUCGAAACGAGGCCUAGAGCGAGUGGUUGACAAGGGGGAAGAUGCCCAGGAUGUUUGGGGCUUCGACACCCCAGGCUACGACAGUCCCACCGAAGGCUGGGACACCAAAGAAGGCUUCGACACUAAAGGCUUCGACACCAAAGGCUUCGACACCCAAGGCUUCGACACCCAAGCCCUCGACACCCAGCACGCCCCAGAACAGACGCCCAAGAAGGCGACACCACGAAAGUCCCUGCUUUCAAGUUUUGACGAAGCUUGUGCCGAGCCUCCCGCAGAAGUCUUGACUCUUCCAGCACCUCGGUCCGACUCCGAGAACGAGGAUGACAACAUGCUGCAGUACGCACUACACAACAUGAUCGAGGUUUCUUCUGCCGAGGAGGACAAGGAUAUCUACGGCACGCCACUGAAGGUCACCGACACCCCGACCGCCGACGAGAAAGAUGCAGUGUCCGUGGACAACUUAUCGAAAGAAGCACUGUCUAAGCUCGAAGCCACGCUGCGACGUUGCUGCAAGCCCGAUCGGAAGGGUGGCCUCAAAGUUCCAGAACAGGUCCACAAGAUGUGGAAACGAGGAGGCUCGUCUCGGAGAGAGCUCCGAAAAGUUCUUUUGGAGUGUGACGGCAAGAAGGAGCUGUUCACGCAGAAGGUGAAGCACACAUACACGCAGAGCAGGAAGGACAAGUACCAGAAGAAGCUUAUUUGGUACUAUUGCGAUAUUGCCUAUGAGGCUGUUCGCUCCGACAAGGACGAGGAGCAGAUGAGCCGAGAGACGGGACUGGGUGAAGCCAGUGUCAGUGACGUGGCUUUGGGACUGGGGGCGAGCCUUCCCAACCUCAACUCCGACGAUGAAGACGAUGUAGAAGCAGAGGAUGAUGAUGAAGAUGAAAAGGAUGAGGAUGCUGAGGAGGGUACGCAGCCAACGGCUAAGCUAGGAAAACGAAAGACCAAGGAGGGUCUGAAUGAUGUGAACGAGGACAGGUUUUCCAAUACGCUUCAGCAAUUGUGCAAUCCUAGAAUUGCUAUAAGUGAUCCUAUUUCGAAGAAACCUAAGACGAAAGCGGAUUUGCUGAAGUCACAGAUCAAAGAACUGGGUGUGAAACAUGAUGAACUCGCCGACAUGAAGUCUGCCUAUGACUGCGACGAGGAGAUUGAUUCCGGGAAGCUGACUAAGCUGAUGGGCCAGAUCAACAAGCUGUCGAGUCGCAUGGCUAUGGAGGAGAACAAAAUCAAGAAGUCACUUGGCUGUCAAAUCAGCAGCUACAUGGAAGUGUUUCUUAUGCUUUCUUGUUAUAAGGUAUCACAUGAGUUGGUUGCCGGGGUGGCACGUGCCGUGGAGUCGGAGAUCAACGAAUCUUUUGGGGAGGAGGCUGCCGCAAAGCUAAAGUCUUACAGGCUUCUUUGCAAGAUGAGUCGUGGGCACCUCACCGGUCAUGCAGCACAGAAGACCCGAGACGCUUUGGCUACUAUGCCAGAAAGCCAGGCACCAAUACCGGUAACCGGAGUUGAUGUUGGCUUGAAGCAGCUUUUUCCGUGUAUUCUGUUUUCUGAUUAUCUUCGGGUGCUAGCUGAUCAGAACAAGCUGAACGUGCUUACAAAAGAUGUCAACCUUGAAGCUUUCUGGGACAAGAUGCAACCGCUGAGACCACAGCAUCCCAUCUUCCAGCUGCCUGCAAGUGCAAGGGCUUGUACCAUUCCACUCUACCUCAUAGGGGAUGAGGGCCGUGGCUACAAGAAGUCAGCUGUUUUCGUGUUGGGGUCAGAAUCACUGCUCGGCGAUGGCUGUGAUGCACAAGACUCGCAAACUGCAGAGGACAAGAUGAAAAUGAACUUCGUGGGGAAUACAUUUCUUACCAGGCAGCUGUUCGCAUGCAUGCCCAAGUACUUGUAUGCCAAGAAGGACCUGCCCCUUCACAAACUUAUCAAUAUCUGGGCAGAAGAUUUUGCGAAACUCUUCUACGAUGGCCUGGAGAUCCGCAGCGGCGGCUGCACGCAGACAUGGCGGGUUUCUCUAUGGGAUUUCAAGCUGACUGGAUCUGAUGCCAGAGGUCUGGACAAGAACCUGGAAUUCUUGUUUCAGGAGAUGAAGCAAUUUUCUGCUGAUCGAGGUCUCUACUUGCAUAUGAAUAACCUCACUGCGAAGGGACUGUUGGGGAUCAGCUCGUCAGCAGACUUCCCUGUCGGGCAGUGGUUCAAAGGUGCCGAUACCACAUUCGUGCUGAAAUUUCUGAUCUGGAAGUACGAGGCUCUACAAGAGUCAGGUGCCCUGGAGGGCCACAGCGAGGCUGAGUACUUGGGUCAGAUUCUGGAGUGCCUGCGAGCCUCCGAUGGCUUCCUCAGCUGUUUGUAUAAGGCAGGGUUGUUCUUGAACAAACGUCGCCUUAUCAAGGUUUGUCGGCUGGCCACGGCGAUGGUUACCUUAUAUACCCAAAUUGCGGCCAUGGCACAUUCAAGAUCGUUGCCCCGGUUCAAAUUGACACCGAAGUACCAUAUGCUGAUGCACGUGGUGCACCAGCUGCUGGUGGACAAGGAGGCCAAUCGGUCACCCGUCAACCCUCUGGCUUAUUCAUGCCAGAUGCCCGAGGACUUCAUUAAUCGAAUUGCAACUCUGGCAAGAUCUGUGAACCCACGAUUUGUGCCCGAGAGAACCUUGUACCUGUACAAGGUCGCACUCGCAAAGGUGUGGGAGUGA